CGCUCGAAAAUGUCGAGGUAGCAUCCGAUCUCUAUAUUUCUUGCGGACUCUGCGGGAGCAUGAAGACGCGCAUCUUGCGACGAUGUUUAUCCUCACGACGAUCGAAGAUCUGAUUCAGAUCCCACCGCGAGAUUUCGGCAAGCCCAGCGCCCAAGCGCUCAAAGAUGCUAUCAAUGCGAAGUACUCGAAUAAGAUCAUUCAGAAGGUUGGACUCUGCUUGUGCAUGUGGGAUCUCCUGCAGACCUCUGAGGGCUUGAUUGGUCAUGGCACGGGACUCGUGAAUGUGAACGUUGAGUUUCGCAUGACAGUCUUCCGCCCCUUCCGUGGCGAGAUCCUCUACGGCCGGAUUAAGUCAGCCAAUGAAGAGGGCAUAGUGAUUGAUCUCGACUUCACAUCCGAAGUGUUCAUUCCGCACCAGAAUCUCUUCGAGAAUUCAACCUUCGAUGAGGGAGAGAGCACCUGGAUUUGGAGGCCCGAAGGUGGCGCAGAACUCUUCUUCGACAAAGGCGAGCCUGUGCUGUUCAGGGUGGAGCAGGAGGAGUGGAUUGACCAGAAACCAACCAUGGUGCGGAAGAAUGAGCAAGGCGAGGUGGAGGAAACCAGAGACACCGCCUGGAGGCUUAUUGGCUCAAUGAAUCAGUCUGGUUUAGGGCCGACGCUCUGGUGGGAGGAGGCUGGGGGAGAGGAAGCAGGAGAGGAAGAUGGAGACGUGGAUAUGGACGGCGCAGGAGAGUAAGCAUACUCAGUUCACCAAAGCAUAGGCGGCGUCACGGUCUCUGGCGUUGGUGCGGAAAAGUUCUCAGUUGUUUGCCGGGUAGGAUCCCCCAAUAUUCUACCCGAAUUGAUAAGGAGAAGCCUAUCCAGGCUAAGGAAGCAAAAAUAUCGCUUGCCUACUCUCCGAUGACAUAUGUACAGCCCUCAUCGCCCAUCCAAACCUCGUGGAGUUUACGAGCAUCGACAUCAAUCCUCGCGCCAGGUCCAAAGGUCUCCUUUUUGGGCUGGGAAUCUUCCGGAUAGGUGAUGGUCAAUUGCCCAUUG